UCCUUUGGGGAAAAAAGUGGUCAGCUAUUUUUUUUAGCUGACAUCUUUCUGUUUUAGCCGUUAGCUUUGCUUGUUUAGAAACUUUUACACCCAGUUUCAUCUGUCAAAGUAAACACACGAACUCCACGCUGUGCGCCAGAGCCGAUAAGAGGCCCGGGAAAGUGAAAAUGGAAGAUGUACAGAUUGGCACCAAUGGCACUGACUCUUCCUCCACAAACUCACAGGUAGCCCAACAGAUGUCACUGGCCGGUUCUCCUGUCACUGUCGUACAGCUGCCCGGGGGACAGUUACAGGUUCAGGGGGUGAUCCAGUCUGCGCAGUCCUCAGUCAUCCAGUCUCCACAGGGACACACUCCACAGACCCAGGGCUCAGACAGUGACGAUUCACAGGACUCUUCAGACAGUGGAGCUGCAGCACAGAGACCCAGAGAGCUGCUCGCCCGACGGGAGUCAUACAAAAAAAUCCUGAAUGAGCUGUCCUCUGAGACGGGAGCAGAGAUCAGUGCAGUGUCCACAGGCGUCACUGGAGUCGCAGUCCCCUCCACCCCCAUCUACCAGACCAGUACCGGGCAGUACAUUACUAUAGGAGCCAAUGGGACGAUCCAGUUGGCGUCUCCGGGCUCCGAUGGGCUCCAGGGGGUGCAGGCUCUGACCAUGUCCAGUGCGGGAGGGGCUCAGUCGGGCACCACCAUCCUGCAGUACGCCCAGACCCCAGACGGGCAGCAGAUACUCGUGCCCAGUAACCAGGUGGUGGUGCAAGGAGCCGGAGGCGAGAUGCAGACGUAUCAGAUCAGGACCACGCCCUCCUCCAGCUCUCUGCAGCAGACCGUUGUCAUGACCAGUCCUGUGGGACUGUCCCAAACCAAGACCGAUGACCCCACAUUAAAGAGGGAGAUCAGGCUCGCCAAGAACAGGGAGGCAGCUCGUGAAUGUCGAAGGAAGAAAAAGGAAUAUGUGAAAUGUUUGGAAAACCGUGUGGCUGUUCUGGAAAACCAAAACAAGACGCUCAUAGAGGAACUGAAAACUUUAAAGGACCUGUAUUGUGUGAAAACUGGAUAAUCGCAAAGGGUUGAAAUCAAAACAGCAGCUCAGUCGGCGGACUCUCGGGCAGGUUUGUGGGAACACUUUAUUUCAGGUGCGAUUCUUCAGUUUUAUAUUCGUGUAACGUCAUGUGAUGGCAGUCUGAUAUUCUCAACAAAACAAGUGCAAAACCAGUUCACAUCAAGUUGGGACGUAGUGUAAAGCAUAAACAACAGACGCCAUUUUGGAGACUAAUUGUGAUGUGAAAUCAGGAUUCAGUUCAGUGUCCUUUGGUUUUGUAAACUCAAAUUAUAACGCUUCCUUUAUACUCUCUACUCUACUUACAGUUAAAAUCCAGUUGGAGCACAGCAUAAAGCACAAUUAACAGACAUAAUUUUGGAUUCAUUAUUUUUGUAAUUGCGUUGAAAUUUUAGUCAUGAUUUCAGAUCAGGAUUCAGUUCAGUGUCCUUUUUAAAGUAGAGUAGAGUUGGUGUAUCCAGCAGUAUUUUAAUUUGAGAGCACAAAACUUGUUUAAAUCCAGUUUGAACCUGGUGCAAAAAGAAAAAACAUUUCUGGACGCCAUUUCGGGCACUAGUCAUGAUUCUUUUUUUUUUUUUUUUUUUUUUUUUUUUGCAAUCACAGUGACAUUUUAGAUGCAUGUUUUCAAAUCAGGAUUCACUUCACAAUGUUCAGUUCAGUUCUCAAGUAUCCAAAAGCAUUAAUAUUUGAGAGAAGACUGAAAUCUGAACUGAUAAAGCAAUACAAGAAUGACAUUUCAGAACAUGUUUCCCCAUUAAAACUUGUCAAAUAUAAUAUAUAAAUCAAAUAUUCAAUUCAAUUAAAAUUUUUACUGCAGUUAUUUGUGGAACCCUAUUCUUAAGACGUGUGACCAAAGGUAGAACAAUGUUUAGAAAAAUGUUUGGAAUUGUUCUGCUGUCUCACUAAAAACAUUCUUUAAAUCAUGUUGGCUUGGAUUGUGUAACUUUCUGUUGGAGAGUGCGCCACCUGCUUGUCUUCAGGCCAAGUUACAGGUCAGGUUUGUGGAGAGACAAGCCCAAGCAAAAUGAGAAAUGAGAAUGGAUGUUUUUGAGGGUAGUUUUGAGCAAUAAAAAAACACCUGUAAUAAACCAAAUACUAGCUGGAACAUUAAAGGGAAAGCAAUAACAUCUUCAUUUUAAGACAAAUAGGCUGCAUAUUCAUGAUUGGAACAGUUACACAGUGCAACUUUAAAUGACAUGUUGAAAUAAUUAAAAAUGAUUUUUUUAAAAUUAAUGAUGACUUUUUUAGUUCAGAUGCAGAUUUCAAAAUUAAGGCAUUAAAUAUCUGCAUCAGCUGAAGUCCAUGGAUGAAAUAAAAAAUAAAAAAAAUAAGACAAAAUCCAAAUCAUCCAAAUGUGAUCUGAAGCUGUUCUUUAUUCCUCAAGUAACUACAAAAUAAAUGUGCGUAAAUUAAAAGUUCAAACUAUGUGACACUUUCAGGGCCAAUUACAACCAUUAAAUAGUCUUAUUACAUACAUUUAUAUUGUGUGUCCAUUCAGGAUAUCGACUGAACCGAUAUUUGUAAGCCAAUAUCAAAUCCACAGCUAUUUUUUUCAGUAUCGACUCUGAUAUCAGAUACCAGUAUCAGAUCGUGCGUCCUUUAAAGGGCCCAUGUCACACUGUUUUCUAAUCUAUGUUCUAAUCUCGUUUCCUCAUCACAAACAGACCUGGGGCCUCAUUUAUAAAGCUUGCUUACGCAAAAAUCCGUGCGUGCGCGCUUCCUACUCCAACCACGGUAUUUAUAAAACUCGCCUAAGGCGUGGCUCUUUGCUUAACUCUACGCCAACUCGGGACCUCCUGUAAGUUCUACGCAAAGUCUGGAGACACGGGGAAAAAGCGACACUCGUGGAGAGAAGCAGAAGUGAACAGAGUUUGAGGAAGUGUUUGAUCAGAAAAUCCACGUAUAUAGAAGAAUUACCUUCAGAUUUGCGCAUUUAAAUGUUUGGUUCGCCAAAACAAGGAGAAGGGCUGUUUAUUCCACUCAUUAUUCUCCACAAUAUUAUACAUUUGACACUCGUGCACAAGUGCGGCCACGUUCCCGGACUCGGUGCAGAGUCUCCCACAGUCCACACCGCGACCAUAGACUUCUAUAGAACACAGUCUGUGACCAACACAGAGGACGAAAUAAUGACCCGACCUGAGAGAAAACUCUUCCCUUGGACGCAGCAGGAGCCAGGCUUUGAUUUAAUGAACGCAACUUUAACACUUUUACUUUAGUCUUUACGCACCGAGCGGCAGAGUGACCCGACAGUGUUGCGGACAACACGAAGCCUACUGCCCGAACCUGACCCGAACCAAAAUCUUUCCUACAUUUUUGUGUAAUGGGGAACUCUUGCACAUGAGAGCUGCUUUCUGACUGUAUGAAGAACAGAAUAAUGCCCGUGCCCGUCCCGACCCAGAGCCACACUCACAGGGAGCAGUUUGGAUAUUUCGUGUGGACUUUAAUUGGCAGAAUAACAUCUGUAUCUGAUGUGUUUCGUGUUAAAUCUGUGUCCUCGUAUCCUUGUAUCCCUCCCUUGCUCCUUUCCCUCUCCAGAGGAGGGCAUCUGAAUCUCUCGCACGUGCUCAUAAUUUGACCAUUCAGAUCAGUGCGUGCACGUAUCUACGUGUAUAUGCAUAUAUAUACAUUAAAUAUACAGGGCCAGUCCUCACACACAUCAUAGACAGACUUAAAAAUAUAGCGAUACAACUCUUGAAACAGCGAAAAAACACAUGGGCUUUACUGCAAAGAUGUGCUGCCUAAAUAUUAUAAAAAAUGAUUAAAUGAACAGAUGAGUCAUUGUUGUCACUUUUAGUUUUGUAUUUAUUUAUUAAACCUUGUUUAAUAAAGUCUUUAAAUCAAGUCUUUGUCGUGAUCACGUGGUGCUGCGUGGAGCGUCCUCCUUCCUCUGUCCCGCGUGUCUCGGUCAAACCUACUGAUUAUCGGCUCAUGUUUAGGGAAAUCUCAUUCACGAGUCACUUUACAUGCUCCUUUUAUGGUGAGGUGGAGGUGUGGAGAGGGCGUGGCGUGGGUUUACGUGUGCAAAUUCUAGUUGCAGGUGGGAUUUAUAAAGCAAAGAUUGCGUGGUUUGGUGUGUGCGGUGGGUUUUCUAAAUAUGGAGUUUGCGUGGCGCACGCCUGUCGUAGCUACUAGGUAUACGCACUAACUUACGACAACUCCUGCACAGUUUUUUAUAAAUGAGGCCCCUGAACUUGUGUUUUGUUUCAUUCACACAUGUUUAACACACAAAAAAACUGCACAUUUACACUGAGUUCUCCUCUCAGACAGAAAACACUCUGUUCCACCUUGUGAUGUCACAGGAAGUGCUUCACUGUGUGUGUUUUUAAACUUCAUUUCAGACCUGGAUUUCAAAGUCUCUACUGAACAAAUGGCACAAGCAGUAUACUUAAACUACCACUACAUGACAUCACAAGGUGGAACAGAGCAUUUUGAGCUUUAAAAAUGCAGACAGACUCUUAAUAAAGGGUUACUCAAACAUGUGUAAAUGAAACAAAAUGCACAACUCCACGUGUUUUGGUAAAUGAACAAUCUUCUAAUGCAAAGGUCAAUUUUGAGUAUUUUAUAGAACGUUUAAAAAAAGUUUUAUUAAAAGAAAACAUGGAAAACAAAUUUUUUUAGAACUGGUUUGCACUUGUUCUUGUUUCCACCUGCUGUUUUUAAUCGCUAUAACAUUUAUAGUUGUGUACAUUUUAAUACUGGGAAGUUUGAAACCGUGAGCUUUACUCUCACUUUCUAAAUGUAUCCCUUUGUUUAUUUUUGUGUUUUUAAAAUUGCUGAUAUAUUUUUUUUUUCUUUCUAACCUCUUCAGAUUUUUAACUGUAUGAACUAUUUCACAUUAUGUUUUCAGUUUUAUUUUUUGUGAACCAAUUCUUAUGUUUCCCAUAAAGGAGGUGUUACAGAUGUGUCAUUCCUUAGUGCAGUGCAAUGGACGAUAGAACGGACGUUUCAUGUUUGGGUUUGGUUGUUUUUUGCCAGUUACUUCGACAAUCAGGGAAAAGCACAUUGUCCAGGUAAUAUUUAUUAGGUGAAAAAAAAGAACAAGCAGUUUAUGAAAUUCAUGAUUGUGUAACAAAAUAAAUCUAUUUUCACUUUA